AUGUAUGCCUACAAGUGUGAGAGUGAGUACUCGGCCAUCAGAGCGCCUCGCAAGAAUGACCUGAAGCGCCACAGCUUUCAUGACUUCUACCACAGGUACCUGGUUCACAACACCUAUGCUCAUCUACAAGGACCCCCGACCCGGAUGGAGGACCCUACGGGGGGUGUGGACGAGUUUCGGUCCCACAACCACGCGGAGCGCAUGAUGAAGAAGCUAGAGAUGUACGCUAGCAAAAGACAGCUCUGUGAUGUUGUUUUGGUGGCGGAGGAACGGAGAAUCCCGGCUCAUCGUUUGGUCCUCAGCGCCACUUCGGAUUACUUUGCGGCCAUGUUUACCAACAACGUCCGGGAGGCUACAAUGGAUGAGAUUCAGAUCAAAGAUGUGGAUGCUGAAGCUUUGGCCAAUUUAGUUCAAUACACAUACACGGGACACAUCCAGCUGAAGGAAGAAACAGUAGAGAACCUGCUGUCUACUGCUUGCCUUCUCCAGAUAUCCGAGGUUGUUGAAGCCUGUUGUAGUUUUCUUAUGAAGCAGCUCCAUCCUUCUAAUUGUAUUGGCAUCCGCCAGUUCGCUGAUGCUCAGGGGUGUACGGAUCUUUACAAGGUGGCCAACAAUUAUGUCAUGGACCGGUUUGUUGAAGUCAUGCAAAACCAAGAGUUCCUCAUGUUGCCCUCGGAUGAAGUCUGUAAGCUGUUGGCCAGCGAUGACCUUAAUGUGCCUAAUGAAGAAUCUAUAUUCGAGGCUGUUCUGAAGUGGGCCAAGCAUGACCUCAGUAACAGGAGAAAGUUUCUGGCAGUCUUGCUGUCGCACAUCAAACUUCCACUGAUGGCACCACAGUUUAUUGCUGAUCACGUGGAGACCAACUCGCUAUUCCAUGACGACAAAGAAUGUCAACAGCUAAUUAUGGAAGCCCUAAAGUACCAUUUGUUACCAGAACGACGUUCAUCAUUCCAGUCUCCGCGCACAAAGCCCAGGAAAUCGACAGUGGGUGUGUUAUACGCAGUUGGCAGCAUGGAAUGCACAAAAGGUCCAACAAGUAUAGAGAAAUAUGACCUCCGAACAAACACUUGGACACAGGUGGCAAAUAUGUCAGGCCGAAGACUCCAAUUUGGAGUGGCAGUAUUGGAUGAUAAACUCUUUGUGGUCGGAGGCAGAGAUGGUCUGAAGACCUUGAAUACUGUGGAGUGUUAUGAUCCCAAAAGAAAAACAUGGGCAUUAAUGCCGCCAAUGUCAACUCAUAGACAUGGCCUAGGUGUUGGAGUUCUGGAGGGACCCAUGUAUGCAGUGGGCGGCCAUGACGGCUGGUCGUACCUCAAUACUGUCGAGAGGUGGGAUCCACAGGCCAGGCAGUGGAGUUAUGUGGCUCCAAUGUCCACGGCUCGCAGCACUGUAGGAGUGGCAGCAUUACACGGAAAACUUUACGCAAUUGGAGGUCGCGAUGGAGGCUCAUGUCUCAACACGGUAGAGUGUUUUGAUCCACAUACUAACAAGUGGACCAUGUGUACUCGCAUGUCUAAAAGAAGGGGAGGUGUGGGUACAUCCAAUUGUAAUGGGUUUCUCUAUGCUGUUGGAGGGUACGAAGCGCCAGCCACAAACCCAGCCAGCAGCAGAUUUGAAUGUUCCGAAAGGUAUGACCCCAAAACUGACCAAUGGACAAUCAUUGCUUCUCUAAGCAGCCCCAGAGACUCGGUGGGAUUGUGUCCCCUUGGAGACAAACUAUAUGCCAUUGGAGGUUAUGAUGGUGUUCAAUACCUUAAUGAUGUUGAAUGUUACGAUCCGAUCAAUAACGACUGGGUCAAGGUGGCGCCACUGUGCACAGGAAGGGCAGGAGCAUGUGUGGUUCAUGUACCAAACAGCUGA